CUUGCUGUAAAUCGCCCAUCACGAUGGAUGGUUUUUGCACUUCGAUGCGGUCUCAAUUCCUAGCGUGCUUGUCACAGGUCGUUCAGUGAACCGUGAACGUUUUGUCUCUUUAUACUGUGAUUGUUUACGCUUAAUGUAUCACGUCGUGCGUCUUAAAUCCACGUAUAUAUGAUACGCUGCUACAGACGGUAUAGAAACCUUCACUGUGUACAACCGUCCAGCACGCAACCCUAGGUGCGCCACAUGAAGCCUACGUGUCGGGGCAGUGUACAAAAUGAGUAUCUCGUUACUUCAUGUUUCUGACAAAAAGGGUGGCGUUUGGAGGAUGCAUAAAGCCGGAACUGAGCGAAAAGGCAAGAAAGGAGAACUUGUACGAAUUCUCGGUGUAAACCCCUUUCGUCAUGGGCAACACCCACGGUCAAUGAAUAUACAGAAUGAGUACAACAUCGUGGGAUUACGAAGGUGAAAAAUAACCUGAAGGUAGUACAUAUGGAAUGGCAGUGUGUGCCUUUCAAAUAUGAAGCCUAGGGUGGUUCCCGUUAACUAUUCAUACUGCGGUUAGAAGAGGCAGUGAGCUCAUCGUGUUCGUAUAGAGUAGAAUACACCGGGAUUGACUGGACAUCGCCAUUCAUUAAUUUUGUUCACUGAGAUAAUGGGAUGCUUGCAGACUAACACGGCGGCGGUAUCUCUUCUGGGAUGACUGGACACGUUUGAGCCGUGACGAGGCUGUCCGCAGAUGCAGUUUAGCAUCACCGUGCCCGCGAUGACGCAGGUGCAGUCCUUACCGGGACUGGGAAGGAUGGACCACCACAUUGAGAAUAUGUAGCAUGCCUGAAAUGGCCGCUGCCCCGAAGUCCAGGUCCGGCGCUUUCCAGACUGUGCCCCUCUCACAUGGACGCCCUGCUGUAGAGAGGGGAGACCCGGCGGGGGCUGGGCCGAGACCCGGAUCUCCGAUCUCCGAGAGCCGGGAUGCCCUUCCGCAGCCAGCUGGCCUCCGUCAUGGAGGCGCUGUUCCGGGCGGCGGUGUGCGAGGUCUCGGCGCUGUUCGAGGGCAGCAUGGCGGCGGCGCGGCUGGAGCUGGCCCGGGCCAGGCGGGAGAACGAGGCCCUGCGGCGGCGCCUGCGGCGGCGGGCCGCAGGUGGGGGGGCACGCUCCGUGGGGGUCCAGGCACCGGCAGGAGCUGAGGAGGACAGAGCUCCUGGAGUCACAGAGAGCCUCUUUGACAAGGAACGGGGUCUGUGGACAUUCGGAGAGCUGAUGUCUAAGGGCAUACCAGUGGGAACUGAUGAUCGGUAUCCUGUCCACCUCACAGAGGAGGACACUGACCUGGAAUCUGUUGUGAUUAAAGAGGAGUACGAAGACAUGGAGGAAUCGCUUCUUGUCAAACAGGAGAGGCCUGGAGAGGACUCGGGCAGCGGCUGUCUGAAGGGAGAAUUAGCCACAGCAGGUUCAGAGGUCAGCGUGCUCCCGUACUCUGGAGAACAGAGCCCUGCUGAGCAGCAGUGCCCCAGGGAGAGGUGGGGCUCUGGCAUGAGGCAAGAGACAGAGCCCGCACCCGCAGGGGGCGAGAAAGAGCUUGCCAGGUGGCCAAGAUGUAGGCUAAGCGUAGACGGGCCUAGGGGACGCGACUCUGUGCAGGUGAUGGCUUCCUGGCCCGACUGCGUCACGCUGCAGUGUAGCCUGCUGGGAUCCAAGCUCCACGCGGAGAAGCUCAGCAGUGUCGGACGCGAUUGCGGUACGUGGACAGCUGGCCAACUGGAGCCCGUCAUCAUGGAAACACAGAGCGACAGAGACGUGACUGUCCUGAGGAUUACAGAGCAGGGUGCCGAGCUCCAGCCCCAUCAGGCCGCAGAGCAACACAUCGAGCUGGAGCCCAUCCGCGCCCAAGUGGAGGGCCCGGAUGGCAAACCGCUGGGACCCUACGAACGACCUGGCAGGGCGCACCUGGAAUCUCACAGCUCGGAUCCGGCCCCCGUUAAAGAGGAGCGGCGUAGCGAAGGGGUCGAGCGGCUGGUCCGAUUCCCGGGGGACUGGGAACACGGUGGACAGCCUGCGGAGCAGCGGGAAAGGGAGAUCUCCUGCCAGGAGCUGGGGGAAACGCCCCCGGAGAGAGGCGUGGAUGAGAGCCGAUCGGUACAGCACGGACAGGAGCUGACUGGGCCGUCCUGCUCUAUUGCCCCAACGCUGGCCAUUGAGAGCUCCGCAGCGUCCAGUGCAAACACUGGGGGGUAUCGCUGUGCCCACUGCAGCAUAGUUUUAAGCACCGCCUGGUCUCUCAAAAUGCACCAGCGGACCCACACAGGAGAGAAACCGUACUGCUGCACCUUGUGCGGGAAGAGCUUCAGCUACUCGGGGCAUCUCAAAUCCCACGAGCGCAUCCACACGGGAGAGAGGCCCUACCGCUGCGCCCAGUGCGGGAAGAGCUUCAGCCUGGCGGGCGACCUGAAGAUCCACCAGCGCAUCCACACCGGAGAGAGGCCGUACUGCUGCUCCGAGUGCGGGAAGACCUUCAACCAGCUGGGCCACCUCAAGACGCACCAGCUCAUCCACACCGGGGAGAGACCCUACACCUGCUCGCAGUGCGGGAAGAGCUUCCGGCAGUCGUGCAACCUCAAAGCGCACCACCAGAUUCACACGGGCGAGCGGCCGCACUGCUGCGGCCAGUGCGGGAAGAGCUUCAGCAAACUAGUCAACCUGAAGAGGCACCAGAGCACGCACACGGGAAAGAGGCCCUACUGCUGCACCAUCUGCAAGAAGAGUUUCAUUCAGACCAGCGACCUCAAGAGGCACUUGAUUACUCACACCGAAGAGAGACCGUAGGGCCCCAUCUGGUCCGUAUCGGCAGUUCCUAUUUUCCUGGUGACUGUACAGGUGGAGCCCCCGUUCUCUGGUCCAGUUUAUUCCAAUUGAAGCCUCAGCAUGGAGCUGCGUGGCCUAACCCCAUACACACCUGGCGAACAAACCGCUGCCCUCACGCCUGUGGGAAUCACAGCGCUGUGCUGAUCAGAUCUGUCAAACCUGUUGAGAUGGAGCAAGAGCACAGGUCACAGGUCACAGGACACAAGUUAACGUCGGCUCUCGGCUCGUUUUGGCAUUUCAUACUUCUUAGAGGCGACACCCUUGUGAAAACUCUUUGCAGCCUCUUGUGCCAGACCCCACACAUAGCUGGGAGGUCCCCAGGGUGUGUAUGGAUAAAUUCUCGCAAGGCUUUGUGAGUCGAGGAGGCUUUCUGUUACUUCUUUACAGGUUGCCAAACCCAACACAACGUCAGGACUGGAUCAGGGAGAAUCUGGUCUGUCUGCACCUGGAGCCAGACAGGACAGGGCGUGCAUCAUCUGGGCGGUCUGCUCUCUCAAGUCGGUCUCCUCCGCCGUCAGGGCGCUGUGCCGGGGAACGGGCCCCACAGUGCUCCCACUGAAGACCGGAUCCAGUGUAGAGUCCCAGGGGUCGGGCAAGACACGGUGCAGGCAGAGGGGCUGGCGGCCUGAGGCAGAGUACAAGGAGCAGUGAGGGGGCUAGCCAGGAACAGGGCUGUAGCGAAGGCAGGUGAGGAUGGGAAGGACCACCAGGGACAGAAGCCGUGCUGAUUGUUCUGAGCUCUAUAAUUGUGCGUUCAAGCCUGGGUCAUGUCUCUAGAUGGCUGUGACUGGAAAUCCACUGUUGGCCUACCAUUGAUGGUAGGGUGGGAUUAUUUGGUUCGGUCUCUCUGGGUGAUAUAGCCUCCCUACCUCCCCUGUGGCCUCCUGAGUGAUUGUAGGUGUACAGUGCUGGCAGUGAGCGGGACAGCUCUCCUCCAAUCAGUGUUCAUCCUCCGGUGUGGGGUGGAGCUUCCUGUGACUGGAAGACAGGCCAAUCAGAGCAGUCUGACCGCCCUUCCUCACUCUCCCCUGUGUGCGGUCACAGGGUUCAGAGUUGUAAGUAGAGACAUUAAAACACACAGCUGGUGAUUUGGGGGUUUCUUUUAAAAACACUUUAUACCCUUGCUGCAAUUCAUCUGUAUAAUCACUGCUACCCCAGAACCCCUAGGCAUCAGGAUUUCCAGUGUGGGAAGUGUGUGUCUAAGGUAAAAUAUCAAAGACAUCAUGAUUAAAUGAGUGUGAUCUGUGCCUUUGUACUGUAGAUUUAACUGAUGAUGAUUCUUACUUGCUUUCCUAUGUUGUUGUCACCCACAUUGCGUAAAUAAAUGUCACUUUAAUGAUA